CAUUUCACACCGACUUCCUUCCUCCUCGCCAUCCAGCAGUAAAAUAUGCAGACGUCUCAGUUCCUGUUUGAAACAAGCUGCUUUACUGAGAAAGGAGAUGUGAUGUGAGACGUUUGUGUCCUGGUUCAAUCGUCUGUACCUGAAGCAUGGGGCAGCUACUGCUGCAGGGAUUGCUGUGGGUUGUGAUUUUCCUGGGCUCAUCUGUCCCUAAUAUCGAGUCCUCAGAGUACAACCCAUUUCCUGGCAUCACUGACAAGAAGUUCAUCGACGACUGUGUGAGGAUACACAACGACAACCGAUCCUCUGUGAAUCCACCAGCCAGAAAUAUGCUCUACAUGACGUGGGAUGAGGGCUUGGCCAUCACUGCAAGGGCCUGGGCAAGACACUGUGAUUUCCAGCACAACAUCUACCUGAGAGAGGUCAGACGGGUCCACCCUGUCUUCUCCUCCGUGGGAGAGAACAUCUGGGCAGGAUACCCGCCCUCCACGUUCUCCGUCAUGCGCGCCAUGGAUUUAUGGGUCAAAGAAGUGAACGAUUACUCAUACCAAAGCAAUGCGUGUAGACCAGGAAAAAUGUGUGGCCACUACACACAGGUUGUAUGGGCGACGAGCUACAAGGUUGGUUGCGCCGUCCAAAUAUGCCCAAAUGGUGUCGACAGGACUUCGUUUUCUGAUAAAGAGGGAGCCAUAUUUGUUUGUAACUAUGCCGAAGCGGGAAACGUGGUUGAGAUGUUACCAUACCUGAAGGGGUUGGAAGAAUGCAGCUCUUGUGAGGGGGGAAACAAUCAAUGCCAGGCCAAGCUCUGCC